CUCCUUUGAUGUGCGUAACAUUUUUGUAUUACGGCAACGAAUAUAGACGCUUCUAUAUUCGUUGGUGCAGUUUAGAGAGAAACGAGAGGGAAAAAAGACGGGCUCACCCGGAAAACGAUCGUUAAUACACACCAUACUUAUACAGUUGGAGGAAAAAGCAUUGUAAAACUUGCGUUCGCAAGAGGAAGAACGAAAGAGAGCCAACAGAAGUAGUAGAUCUCUCAGUGCUUAUAACAUCAUCAGACAAGAAGAGGCUCAUAGCCAGUCAGUAUCAGCGAUGUGCGCGAAAAUGGCUUUCCAGCAUCAAGCUGGCACGGCGAUGAAGUGUCUCAGCAUUCCAAUAACACUUCAUAAAGAAACUGAAAUAAAUGCCAAUGGCGAAGAAGUUAUGAAAUGUGGCUUCAAAAUUGGCGGAGGAAUCGAUCAAGAUUAUAAGAAAAGUCCUCAGGGAUAUGAAGACAAUGGGAUAUACGUGACUGAAGUCCACGAAGGCUCACCAGCAGCAAAAAGCGGCCUAAGAAUGCAUGAUAAGAUAUUACAGUGUAAUGGCUAUGAUUUUACAAUGGUAACUCACAAGAAAGCUGUUUCUUACAUUAGAAAACAUCCAGUGCUAAAUCUUUUGGUUGCGCGCAAAGGAGUCACAAGUACUUAAAGUAAAAACUGUCCAAG